GUGAAUUCCACUCGUGAACACGGUCGUAUUUUUCGCUGUGGAUAUUUUUAAUCAAAUAUCAUAAUGGUUUUAGAUAUGAAACUCAACGAAACGCAACGGGACUUCGUGAUCAAGCAAGAUUACUAUCGAACGGAUCAACAACUCGCAGAGGAUGUUACGAAGCUCAUGGAAUGGAUGUCUAAACAGCCUCACUUGCCAGAAAUAACAGGUAAGACGGGGGGAGGAGGUACGACGAUCUGAAAAAUACCAUUUUUAUCGGUCUUUAUUGAAAAGAAAACGGUUAAGAUGGCGAUUGUUGUAUUCCUAUACAAAGCGAUCCGUUCAUCACGAACCAGUGAUUGGUUUUAAGUGGAGUGGACUUCCGGUUUAUCAGCCAAUCACCCAAUCAUUCUGGAAUCGUUUAAGCUUAUAUUUUAUUAUAAAGCUUUGUCAAUGUCCUACUUUCUAUACUACUCAUAAGUAAUUUAAAUAAGUAAGCACUUUUGAUUUUCAAGUAUGGGGGCUAUUUUAAAUACGUAUCCGAAUGAAUAAAAACAGUUUAAAGUUUAGACCGGAGGAGCAGAGUUCGACCAUGAUUAUUCGAGACAGUAAAAAUAGAUAUACAAAUAAUUGGCAAUUUUUUCCAUAUCUAUUUUUGAUUUGGUCGUUAUGAAAUUAUGAACUCGUUUAAAAGAGAGAAAUUCUAUUUGAAAAUUAAACUUUUUUACCCGUUUAUAGUGUAAGGAACAGAGGUAACAUAUUUAAAAUAGCGUUUGUUAUGUGUUGUUCUGUCGAUAAAAAACCGGGGUAAAACCAAAAACAAAUGGUUGUCUAUAAUUUUACAAGUUUUGGAGGAUAUAUGGUUGAUAUUAUGCUUGAACUCAAAUCACAUAAUAUCGUGCUUAUAUUAUGUGUUAUUAUAGUUACCUAUAUAAAGUAAAAAAAAAAAAAUGUUUUCGGUCGACUUGAAUUCUUACGGGGCAUGUCAUUUAACAAUGUAAAUAAUAUUAUUAUUAUCUGUUUUUAUUUCCUUGUCAGGCAUUACGUAGGCUAUCUGGCUAUACGCGUGGUAAUAUACACGAUUGUGUUCUCUUUCGAAUUACAGUGAAACCUUUGAAUAGCGGACACCCUCGGUCGACAAAUUUUUGUCCGCUAUUCGGAAAUAUCCGUUAUUCAGAGGGGUAAAUUUUUGAAAUUCAUAAAGGAUAAUGCGUAAAAUGAAAACAUUUGCACUAGGUAUGUUAAAUUAAAUUAUAAUGUUGUCAUAAUCUAUAUUUCAUAUGUAAAAGCAUAUUAUAGAUACGUUGAUGACACUUUCAUUUCAUUUAGAGGUUCAAAUAGACAAGCAGAAAAUUUAAUAAACUACUUAAACAAAAUAAAUAAAAACAUUCAAUUUACACUUGAAAUACAAAUAAAUAAUAAAUUCAAUUUCUUAGAUUAUUACAGUUUCCAUAAUAAACAAUCCAUUUUAUUUUAGUAGUUACACGAAAACUACACAAACUGAUGCUAUAAUACCACACGGUUUUAAUCACCCUUAUUCUCGCAACAAGCUCAAUAUUAUCUAUAAUAAUAGCCCAUAGAAAUAAUUUCAAUUUAAAUACUAUUAAAAAAAUGCACAGACGUAUUAAAGAAAAAAUAAUACACAAUUCACCGAAUAAUGUUGUUAACUAUUGUAGUAUGAAAUACCAAAAUAAUAUGUCUAAUGAGUUUACCAAAAUUUUGAACAACGAUACAAAUCAUGUAAAAAUCGUUUUUAAGACUAAUAAUAAUUUAAUCGAACAUUUAAACAAUAGAGCUAAAAUCCCCCUUCUUUUAAAAAUGCUGGUAUAUAUAAACUUAAAUGUAACUGUAAUACAUUUUUUGUAGAUAAAACAAAUAGAAAUUUUAAAAUAAAAUAUAAUGAGCACAUUUCUGAAAUGAAAUUAAAAAAAAAACUCUAUUUAAUUCAAAUUUCGCUACACAUGUUUUAUAAAACAACCAUAAUAUAAGUUUUGAUAUUAAUACAGACUUAAAAAUUUCAAAUACUCAAAAUAACAUUUACAUUUACAGUUUUAGAAGAAUUACACAUACACAAUGAAACACAGAAAAAUAAUGUCUCAUAUCAAUACAUUUUAGAUAAUAAAUAAUAAUCAUAUAAUUUAUAUUUCUUAACAUAUCUAUGUCUAAUAAAAACUAAUUUUAAAUAAUCUCUCUUAUUAAAAUAAAUUAUUUCUAUAUUCUAUGUAAAACGAUCAAUUUGUAUAAUUCUUUCUUUUCUAUGUAUUCUUUCAUUUAAUUUUUUACAUUUUGACUGUGAUAUACUUCCAGACGACGCAUUCAUUCAUUUAUUUAUUUUAUUUGUAUGAAUACACAUUUUUAUUUAUAUAUUUAUUCACUUUAUUUAUAAAUAAACUUCAUUGUAAACCAACACGUUCCUCGUUCCGCUCAGAAUCAAAAAAAAAUCUGUUGAUCGAACUCAAUUUUAACAGCGUAUUUCUUUAAUGAUUAGUAUGCAAAUAAUAAUAUUAUUAUUAUCAUUUCUCAUUUUUGUGAUCAGAUAGUAUAUUAUAAAGUUCUAUCGUGCUAAUAUACGCCCUUGUAUUUCUUUUCUAAUUAAUACAAAAAUCAUAUUUUUUACUUAUUUUUUUUGCAUAAUAAUCGUUUCUUGCGGUUCGUUAAGCCUUAUACUUAAAACUUAAUUCAUUCAAAUUUAUUUACAUUUAUGUUUUACGCAACUAUAUUAUUAUUAUAUGUUAAUACCAAGAAUAUAAUCACAUUCAAUCUAAUUCAUUUAAUUGUAUUCAAUGUAAAUGUAUAAUGAUUUUAUAUUUUUAUCUGUACUUAUUUACUUAUACAAACCUAAUAAGGAAACGUAUAUUGUUUGUUUGCAUGGCAUAAUCAUUAAAAAUUGUCCUAUACAUUUCUGGUAAUAUCGAUUAAAAAAAAAGCUUCAUCAAAAGUCAAAAUAGUUCUCGAAAUGUGUAUAACAUACAAACAGACGUUAGAACCGGAGCCCGGGGUUUGGUAGUUAAAAUUUUUUUUCUAUAACAAUACGAUACAAAUACACACGUUUUAAAACGGUACUAACCUUAACGAGCCUGUACGGGUGUUAAACAUCACUUGCGUUGUAUUAUAAUGUUAAGACUUCAGAUUGAUUUUGGAAAGAUCGCGAAAAGAAUAUCGAAUAGUAAAUAAUGUCAAUACAAAGGAAAUUAAUUUAACGUAAUAUCGUUUUGUGUACUCAACGAACGUCCUGAAAAUACCGAAUAUUAAUGAUAUUAAAUCGUAUGUUCUCACAGACAAGAAAUGGUUAUCGCAUUUUCUCAUCGGAUGCAAGUACAAUUUGCACAGAGCCAAACGGACUAUAGACUCGUAUUUCGUUUCCCGAGCGGAAUAUCCAGAAUUUAUUUGUUCUUUUGACCGGGAACAACUUUUAAAUGAAUCCAAGAAAAGUGGGUAAGUUUUUUGUUUUUCUGAUAUGAUAAACUGCCUCACUAAUAUCAUAACAAAUUAAGUUUUGCUUUUGAAAAAAUAUUAAAUUAGACAUUAUAUAAAAGGAAACAAAUGCAGUUUGGCUUCAAUGAUCGUUCUUUUAUUUCUUUUUAAUGUUGUGUUUUAAAGCACUGAAUUUAAAACUGUUGACAAUUUCUUUUUAUUAUGGAAGUUAAAAACCAUUUAAUUUUUAAUAAAAAACAAAGCUUUUCAAUACUGAAAUAGAUUUUGUAAUCAUAAUUUUUCUUGAGCUACGAGCUCGUAUAUAUAUGUUAAGCGAUUUGAAAACUAUAUAUUUUAUGAACAAUGAGAAAUAUCGCAAUUUUAUCCAUUAAUAUAAGCAAAUUAAUUAAACGAUUCAAAUAAAUCAAUAAUUUUUGUGUGUUAUAUUUAUUAUUACUUCUUUUUUCCAUUCACCUUCAUCUAAACUAUUUGAUGUUUGUUACUUUCGUUCUUAAUUUCCAUUUGCCCGAUCUCCCAUUUCACAUCCACUAGUUGUACUCAUAUCAUUCUAGAACUCAUCCAACAAUCUCUUUUUCGGUUCUUAAUGUAUUACUAAUAAUUAUAUAAUAUCAUGGAAAAAUUAAAUAUGUUUAAUAAUUAAAAAUUGUAUUAUUACUUAUUUAUCUCUACAUGAUUUAUACGGCUUUUAAUACUAUAUACCAAAUACCUAUUAUACUUUUAACAACUUAUAUUUCUCGAAUAUAAAAGGAUACGAAAAUAUGCUUAGGAUGGGUGGGUCACUUUUGUAGGUGAGAAGUUGGAAAGGUAGAAUACAUAGGGGAAUUUUAUGUAAAUCUGCAUGUAACGAUUAGUUUUUGUAAAAAAAAAAAAAAAUUCUGAGUGGAGUUUAGUUAAACAUGUUUUAAAAGGCCGUAAUAUUUAUGAUUUUAAAAUAAAACAUCUCAUACAAUUUCUCGUUUUUCCUACGUUUCUUCUGGCUUUUCUAUUUAUGAAAACCCUGGAGAAAGUCAAAAAAUAAUCUUCUUAAAGUACCACUAUAGACAAAUUUUCACUCAGAAAAAGUUCUAAAUUUGAAAAUCGGCCAAAAUUUCCGGUAAAAAAGUUGUUCACAGAAAAAGUAAAAAAAUAAAAAUAUACAUCAUUGUAAAAUCAAUACAUUCCUCGAUCUGCUCGGAACCUUAUAUCUGAUUUGAAUGAAAAAAAAAAGACGUCCUAGGACAAAAGGGACGGGUGCAGCCCCUGUUUUAGGUGAUUUAAUGUACAAUUUGAUAAAAAUCAUAAAUAUAUUAUAAGGCAUUUCAAAAUAUGUUUUACUGGAGUUGUUUUUCGUUAGCAAUUGCUUAUCGUUGCGUACAGAUUUAAAUUAAAGUUAUUUAAGUUGGAGCAAAAUUGCUGGUAGAAUAGUUGUCCACAGAAAAAAAAAAAUAAACAUUUUUGUAAAGCCAUAAGCUGCUUUGCUCCACUCAAAAUCUAAAAAUGUGGCGUGUUUCAAAAUGGACACACUUUGUUUGUAAUAACAGCUAAUUGGAUGUACAAUUGUAUUAAAAUAUUAUGAUACAAGAAAUGGGUUAUAAUUAAAAAUUGUGUAAUUAAUUUGUUUAUAUUUGUGGUUAAAAUUGCCCGGACAGAAUUAAAUUACCCAUGAUUCCAUAUUACUCGUAACAUGUAUACAUAAAACAUAGAUUACAUAAUGUACUAAUCAAAUAUUUUUAAUUGAGAAUAAAUUAAUUUUUUCGCAAAUUCUUAUUAUUAAUAGCUGAAAAUUAUAUAAUGUUCUAAAAUGUAUGUUGUUAUCUACGAGUUUGAUAAUAGGCCAAUUCACUAAAAUAUUAAAACUAUUAACACAAAGUUGUCCUUGCUAAAUGUAAAUUUAUUAUGUCAUACAUUUUUAAUAAAUCGAACAUAAGAGCUGAACACCAUGCUUGUCUAUUACAGUUUUGUAGUUGUGUACCUUAACGAUAUUUUACCUGUAGAUCGAUUUGUGUCUUUCCAAAACUAACGUCAGAAGCUUGCCGAGUAAUGUGUACCAGAUUAGUCCCGACAUCAAAAGACACAAAAUUGGACUUUUUAUUGUACUUUCAAGUGAUGCUGGGUAACUUGGACUUGCAAAUGAAAGAAGAGCCCAUGCGAGGAGAAAUUAUGUUGCUCGACCUAGAACACCUCAGCUUGAGUCAAUUCAUGUCUAUGCCACCCAGUUUGAUAAAAAAUGCUCUGAAUUUGUGUAUUGUGAGUAUAUUGUUGACUUGUGACUUAUUUAAUCCCCUCGCCAUAUUAUAGUACGGCACGCUGCGCGCAUGGGGCGAAUAGUGAGCUAUAUCUUUUAUUAAUCGAAUAUAAAUUAAACCAUUACACCCUUUGAUAUCUGUAAUUUAUUAGAUCGAUGAAAUUUCUUUUGAUGAUUUUACAGUGAUAACUAGUACCUAUAGUAGGUUUUCAAGGUUUUGAAUCAAAGCAAAUUUUGUAUAACAUUUGUAUACCACUAACCUAUAGUAUAAUCAGUCAUCUUUUUAAAAUGAUGAUCUCUAGUACAGGAGUAUUUUAAACUAAAGAUACUAUUUUAUGUUCAUGUAGAGAAUAUGAGAAAUUUCAAAACCUGCAAACUUAGGGUUGAAUACUGAAGGAAAUAACAUACAUUUAGGAAGUUGUUUUCGAGGUUUUUCGUAGCUAAAAAUUUAACUGUCGUGAUUUGUGAAAUUAUACAUAAAUCAUAAUAAAACCAAUUUUAUUAGCAUUGUAAAUUUUAUUUUAGGUUUAGAACGUAGCAAAGGAUUUAUUGGUUUUACUAUGAUGUAUGCUUUUUAUGUUUUGGUUGUAAACAACUUUUCGAAAAUAAAUAUUGCUCUAAUCUAUAGCGAACCUUUGCUAAAAGAAACUUUUGUAUAGUUGGUGAAAUAAAGGAGUCAUUUUUUGAUUUUCUGUGGGGUUUUAGAAAUAAUUGGAAAAAAAGCUGAAAAAAAAUUAUAGGUAAAACGGCAAAUUAAACGGCGUUACCGAUUUCAUUGGUUUUUUAUUUCUAAAACUUAUGUUUUCCACCAGAAAUAUUUCUCCAAUUGUAAAAUGAAAAGGAUCAUUUUUGUGUCUCUUAAUAUAUUGUCAAUAUCAAAGAAUGCAGUCUUUUGAUAUCUAAAAUAUUUUUCAUCAUGAUUGGGAAAAACCAAAAUUGUCCAUAUCAAAAUAUGUCUUACCGAAGUCGUUUUUCGUUAACAAUAAUUUAUUGUUGCGUACAGAUAUAAAUUAAAUAACUUUAAAAUACGAAAUAACCAUCUCAAUUUUAUACACACAAAAGUGGUUGCAACUGUCCCCAGUAUAAGUUCUUUUUUUAAAUGAGUUUCGUUUUAGGAAAAGAUAACGGUAAAAAUAACGUAUGAAGAUUUUGUUAAAAUUAACUCAUUCGGUACUAAUUAUUUCAGAAAGAUAUAAAAAAAUUGUAUUUUUUUUUGCAGAAUUCGUUUCCAGUAAGCAUAAAGGGUAUCCACUAUGUAAACUCACCAUCGUACAUAGGCCAGAUGAUCUCUUUCUUUAAAAUGUUUUUACCAAACAAAAUUCAAAAAAGAGUAAGUAAAUCGAAAUUGUGGUUACAUAUUGCUACUACUACGAGUUGCCUACAAAGGAUCUUAUAUAAAAUAUAUUCCAUCGGGUGUACUACUUUAAGUAAAUUUUAUAUUUAAUACGAUUUAUUGAGAACUUAUUGGCCGAAUACCAACCUAUAAAUUCAAGCUAUAAACCUAAAAAACUGUAAUUAAAAUGUACUCUAAUAUAAUUACCAAUUAUAAAAACAAACAGCAAAUACACGUAAUUUUUUUUGUAAAUAUUUAAUUGUAUAAUAUGAUUUAUAACGCGUAUUUUUUUUUCUUCGUAGAUAUUCGUCCACGACACGCUGGAAAGUCUUCAUCAAUUCAUUCCGAAAGACGUUCUGCCGGCCCAGUACGGUGGCACCGCCGGAGAUUACGACGACAUUUUAAGUGAGUGCUUACCAGUUGUUAGAAUAUUAUAAAAUUUGGUAUAAUUUAAGACAUUUAUAUGAACGCUGUUAUUUUCAUUAAUUAAUUUUGUAACGGUUUAGAAGAUUGGUUGGAAUAUGGUAUGGCUAACAACGAAUGGUUAAAAAACAGACCGAAAGCCGAUUUGUCUAAAUGGGUUGGCCAACCGAAAAUCGGAGAACUUGGCGUAGAAGGUACAUUCAAAAAACUGGAGAUUGAUUAAAGCGAUGAUAUAUAUUAAUGUUCAUAGUAUUAUAGUACGAUAUAAGUUUAAAAAUAGCGUAAUCAUUUUAAUGGUAAUGUUUUUUUUUUUUACCUUUGUAAUUUUAAAUGUAUAAGUCUAUCCAAUGGGUCACAGGGCGGGGAAAUAUGGGAGAUGGAUCCUCUCAUUGCCUUUUUUUUUUUCCAAGUAAUAUGGAGUUUCUUGUUUUACUGAUAUUUAGAGAUAAUAAUCAAAAAAUAAGUUUUUAGUUUAUAGAAAAUAUCUAAUAAUUUUAUUGAUAAUAAUAUUUUUUAUCUUUGUAAUUUUAAAUUUAUUGGUCUACACUAUGACGUCACGAAUUAAAAUAUGUGAAUAAAAUGAUAAGAAAAGCUGCAUAUGUUAAUUAUGAUAAUUUUUAAAAUAGCAAUACUAGAUUAAAACUAGAUUGAGGGUGCAGAGAUAACAAUCAAAAAAAUAAAUAUAAUCAAAGAACAUUUUUUCGACUUGUUAUUAUUUUUCACAAUAUUUAUAUACAGAUUGCAAACCACGCCCGGUUACAGACCGUGUUUGUAUUUUAUAUAUCUGCAAUAUUUUUAUCGCGGUUUGGGUUAUAUAAUCAGCUGACUUCAUAUAUAAUUGAUGAAAAC